AUGGCGAUGAUUCCCGGCCCGUCUCCUACUGGAGCAUCGAAGUUUGAGGUCAAGAGCACCUUGUCUCGGCAGCGGGUCAGCAUCUUCGAGUCAGAGCUGAGCAGCCAUGGAAGCAGCGCGGGGUUUGAAGCAACUCCAGCGCCAGAUCUGUCGAUCGCUCAGCCCUCCAUUACAGUCAUGCAGUGCAGAUUGUGCAGUUGCACUUUCACAGAGUCUGGUCCUCGAAUGCCCAAGAUUCUCCCUAACUGUAUGCAUACCAUCUGCGCGCAAUGCGCGCGAGAGCUCACGGACCAGAGAUGCCCGCUGGAUCACAAUCAGAUCCCCCUCAGAUAUACGACCAAGGACUUUCCAGAUAAUUUCAUGCUGAUUCAGCAUAUACAAGCCAUGAAUGUUCUCGAAGGGAAGGACAAACUCUGUGACGUAUGCGAUGAAGAAGAUGCUGAUGUCUCAACACACUUUUGUGUUGACUGCAAGCAAUACUUGUGUGAGAUUCACUUUUCAGCUCAUGUGAGGUCCAAGACGAGCAAAACACAUCAAGUGCUGACAGUGAACGACUACGCAAGCAGAUUCCAUCCGAGCGAUCAUGGCUGUUUGGAAAGAAAUCACGUUUCUCCUUUAUUCUGCCAGGUCUCAGGACAUGAGAGUCAAAGAUCGGAUUUCUUCUGUGAGCUCUGUGAACAAGUUAUUUGCACCACGUGUGCGCUUAUGGACCAUCGGGACCAUGUGUUCGGAGACAUCGAGGAUGUGUACCAAAGGCAGAAGAGCGAGCUACAUGAGAAGAUCAAUUUCAGCAAGGAGACCAGAACAAAUAUUGCAAACUCUUUGUCAAAUGUAAAUAGCGUCUUGCAGUCCUUGGAAGCCAACUUUGAGAGUGCUUCGUGUGAUGCUGACGAGCUCAUGGAGUCUAUCGUGCAAAAGUUGUUCGAGAGGAAAUUCUUCCUAAUGAGCCAACUCAAGGAAAUUUAUGACGAGAAAAGAAGUGUUCUCCUCUCUCAGAGGCGCUUACUAAGCGAUGCUCUCGUAAGGAUUGACACGAGUCAUUCGUUCUGCAGGGAACUUCUUGAGACAACAGACCAUCAACGAGCUCUUGAUAUGAAGAGAAUGGUGAGACUGUCGUUGGAAGAAAUUCCCAAGCUUGUCGCACACAGAGAUCUCAGCCCCAGCAUGGAUGAUGUCGUAGUCUUCAAACGAUUGAAUGAGAGCAAAAUCAUCGAAGACCUCGAGACUUUAGGUCGAGUCAGUAAGGAAAGGCCGCAAGAGAAAGCUUGUAUCCCGCGAUGGGAUCAGAGCAGGCGAGGGCAAGACGUCAUGCUGUCCAACGGGGACUCGACUGUUUAUCGAACCGAUCAUCGAGGCUGGGGAGGAGUUCAAGGAAAGCAGGUGAUCUCGAGCGGACAAUAUCGCAUGAGAAUCAGCAUCGAUAGUGUGGGCAACAACACGUUUGUUGGAAUCUGCUAUAACGAUGCAAACCUCAACGAAGGCCCUUCCAAGAGGAACAUCCUACUGAGAGAGAAUGGAGAAAUUUGGCACCAUGGUGAGAAGGUUGGAACCUGUGAAGGAUUCAAGACAGCAGAUGUGCUCGAGCUGGUGAUAGACGUUGAUGAGCAGAAGUUUCAAAUCUUCAGGGAUGGAAAGGUUUUGUGUACGGUUGAAGUUCUCACGUGGCCUGUGAGGCCAUUCGUCGUGGUGGGAAGCCGGCAUUCGUACAUCACAAUUGUGCCUUGA